AUGGCAGCUGAGUACAAAGUCGGUGAUGAACCCGAAUGGACUCGUAAAGUUCCCAUCGAUUACUACCAAUGGGCCUCCGGCAAAACAUUCUACGUCGGUGACACUUUAGUUUUCCAAUACAACACCGCCAUGCACGAUGUGAUGGAAGUAACUAAGGAAAACUUCCAGAAAUGUAACAAAGAGAACCCAAUUGCCGUCUACCGGACUGGCUCUGACAAGAUUGAGCUGAAAAGGUCUGGCCUCCAUUUCUUCAUCUGCAGUACUCUCAACCACUGCGAAGUCGGACAAAAGGUGAGCUUUAACGUUGAUUUCGCGCCUGGACAACCUCGUAAUCCAUUGGCAGAGGACUUGAAGAACGAAAAAGAAGAUGAAGAGAGCCACGCACCAUCUGAAUCACCCGACGCACCCGGUCCUUCGAAUGGUUUGCUGUAG